UCAAAAGUAUUAAUCCAUUAAAUAUUUUGUGACCGUUACAAGAGCACUUCCCAUAUUACACCGAAUUCAUAUUUGUAAAUCCAAGAAAUAUAUAACAACGAAAUACGUCGCCCUCACGUCGAACACAACAAAAGGACUGACACACAGUAAUGAAAACGGUUAUAUUCAGGAAGCGUUUUCAUCGGCUUCUGGACUUCUCAAAUCUUAGUAGACACUAAGAAAUUCGCAUUAGCAUUAGCGAUCUCAUGCUGUAGGUGAACAUAUUCCAUUUCAUUUUAUUGUGGACAAAUUAUUGAUUUUGUUGGUUAGCUCCUUGUAGUAGGAACCUUGUUUGUUGAGUGCACCAAAUAGGAUGCUAAGGCACCAUUAACGCCCAGCCCACCUCUAUCCUCCUCUUCUGCGUCGCCGCUGCGUUUUAGUCAAUGGUUUUGUGUUUUCUCUCCAUGUUUUAAUUUUUACAAAAUCUGCUCGUUUUACACGUAUAUUUACAUCGCGGGAUUAUGGUAAAAAUGCUAACUCUGAAAGUGCAGUCUCUGAAACUCUCCUUGCACCCUGAUGUUGCCCGGUUGCUAGGCAGAAUGACAGCCGGGCCGAAAUUGCGGACAGGCGGAAGUGACGUCAGCGCCUUGUCAGGUCUGUGUUGAUGUUUUGGGGAAACUGGAAAGCCAGGAGGACGGGAAGAGGGAGACGGUUUGUUUUUGUUCUCUGGGCAUCAGAGCUCACGGCGAAUGCGAACAACUACAAUAAAUGCUCCUUACUGGUUUCACAAAUAGCAGACGAUACUUAAGAAGGGAUUAUCGCAAACACGACACACGCAAAACAUUCGUUGAAAGGAGGAAUCGUCAUCCCUCUGACCCCCCUCCCUAAUAACAGACAUAACCAUGACGAUUCUUCCGAAGAAAAAACCGAGCUCGACAGUCGGAGUGUCGGACCACCCCGACGAGACUGACCGGAGGAGCGGUUCCGACCCUCACCAACAUUCACACGGAGGUCGGGCAGGAGCAAGGCCUAGAGCGUCCCCGCCACCCUGGCCGUACCAGGCCGCACCACCCUCGUCAAGGGAAGACAGGCGAAACGAAGCAAGCUCCCGGCCGCAACAGGCCUCCCCUCCGCCAGUAGGAUCUGGUUCUCCCGCCGGCCCAGGAGACGGAGGUGGAAGCGGUGGGGUGGCUUGCGUCGCAGGGGUACGCGGGGAACUGUCAGCCGGUGUCGGCUGCGGCGGCGGCAUCGGAAGUUGUUGCUCCGGACCCGGCCUCAGUAAGAGGAGGCGACAGGCGCCUUGUGCUGGAGGGGUAGCUGGUGGAGGAGCGGUUGGAGUUGCCGGGGGAGGUGGUAGCGGUACUAGCCCUGACCCGGAGGAAGGAGCCGGCUACAACAGCGAGGACGAAUACGAGAAUGCUUCCAGGCUGCAGUCCAUGGACCCCGCGACUGUCGAGCAGCAGGAACACUGGUUCGAGAAAGCCCUCGGGGAAAAGAAAGGCUUUGUCAUAAAAAAGAUGAAAGAGGAUGGAGCGUGCCUCUUCAGAGCAGUUGCUGAUCAAGUAUAUGGAGACCAAGAUAUGCAUGAAGUGGUCCGAAAACACUGUAUGGACUACCUGAUGAAGAAUGCAGACUACUUUUCAAACUAUGUGACUGAAGACUUCACCACAUACAUCAACAGGAAGAGGAAAAACAACUGUCAUGGGAACCACAUUGAGAUGCAGGCAAUGGCGGAGAUGUACAACCGGCCUGUAGAAGUUUACCAGUAUGGCACAGAACCAAUCAACACGUUCCAUGGCAUCCACCAGAACAACGAUGAGCCAAUCAGAGUUAGCUACCAUCGGAACAUUCACUACAAUUCAGUUGUGAACCCUAACAAAGCCACUAUUGGAGUUGGUCUAGGGCUUCCAGCUUUCAAACCAGGGCAGUAUGCUGACCAGCUGCUAAUGAAGAAUGCUAUAAAGACCUCAGAAGAGUCCUGGAUUGAGCAACAGAUGCUGGAGGACAAGAAAAGGGCCACAGAUUGGGAAGCCACUAAUGAGGCCAUAGAAGAGCAAGUGGCUCGUGAAUCUUACUUGCAGUGGCUUCAAGACCAGGAGAAACAGGCACGACAGCCACGCAAGGCCAGUGCCACUUGUAGCUCGGCGACAGCAGCCGCAUCUAGUGGCCCUGAGGAGUGGAGUGCCCGUUCUCCCCGCCAGCGCAGUUCGGCCCCCUCGCCAGAACACCCAGACCCUCCUCACCCCGAUACGGCGACCAAGCCCGCUUCCCCAGCCGGAGCUGCCCUCAUGCUGUCCAAACCGCCUUCUCCCUGUGCUCCAGGUCCUAGCAGUCAGACCUGUGUGGGCCCAGACAGAGCCACUUCGUCUUCCUUAGUGUCCCUGUAUCCUGAGCUGGAGUACCGUGCUAUCAUGCAGGAAAUGGCACCUUCUGGAUUUGACUGGGAAGAUGAUGAGAUUCUGGCCUCCGUCCUGGCUGUCUCACAACAAGAAUACCUGGACAGCAUGAAAAAGAACGCGACACACAGAGAGCCGUCUCCCGACAGCAGUUGAUAGUGGGGAUGGUGACGCUGGCGAUGUCCACGGGGAAAAAGACAAAACUGAAACAAAUGUUUUCUCGAUCAUGGUACCCACCAGUCACCUGUCCCAGCCCCCAUACCUGCCUCUCCUCACCUCCCUAUACAAUAUCAUCAUAAUCAUACUCUCCAGCUCCCCUUAUAAACCCCUUGCCUCCAUUGGACUUAUUUAGGUGCAUGUUUAAAUAAACACAAACAUCAU